AUGGGCGGAUUUGUACUUCAAACCGUGAACUGGCCCGCAUUUCCCCUCGAUGCGGAGCAACUCUUCUACCUGGUGACUAAAGGAUAUAUCGAGUACCCAUUGAUCGACGAGGCGGAUAUAAAUGACAAAAACAAGGCAGACGGAAUUGCUAGGCUGGUUACUAUUCUUCAAGCCCUCUGGUUCACCGUCAACUGCAUCGGGCGACCGAUUCAAGGUCUAAGCUUGACUACGCUUGAACUCACUACCAUGUCAUUCAUCCUGAUCAUGCUCACCAUCUCCUACUACUGGAAGCAUAAGCCUCUUGAUGUUAGCAGACCGAUCAUCCUCAAGAGUGAAACCACUAUCGCUCAGAUCCUAAUUGAGGCUAGGCGGAUCCCGCGCACAAGCUCCAUAUCGACGUACACCGCUCGAUCUUAUAAGCCGGAAUGA